UCCUGUGGCCCCGGCCUUGAGAACCUCUUUCUGAUUGCAGCUUGUCCAUGUGACUUUGGUUUCCGUUGCUUGCCUGCUUCCGUGAAUAGUAAAAAAGAAGCAUCAGUGCUUCAGUCGGAGCAGAGGAAGGCAGCUGAACCUCAGAGAACACACUCUGCAACAGCCAGUCAACUAGCGAUAUGGUCAGGGGAUCAACCGUCAGUGGCUUGGGAAAUCCACACCUAACCACCAGCCAGUGAGGAUGUUAAAAUGCCAGUCCACGGCCUCACUCCCAUCCUGCUUUGCUUGUUAACCAUGUGGAGAAUCCUGACGCCGGUCUCAAGUCAUCCACAACACAACCCAUGCCAGCUGAUACAAAGAUCGGCUCUCUGCAACAAUCGCAACCUUUCCGCUGUGCCUGAAAGACAGCCAGGCAACCUAGAGGAGUUUCAGCUCAACUACAAUCACAUUCAAACACUACGGGACAACUCUCUCCUCCGUUACCCCUCAUUAAACACCUUGAGCUUAGCUUGUAAUAGUUUGGAGAAAUUAGAAUCAAACACUUUUCAAGGCACCAAAUUGUUAGAAAACCUCAAUUUAGCAAAUAACAAUCUUCAUAUUGGGUACCAAGAAACCAGCCUCGCAUUAAAGACUCUUGCCAAGCUCAGAGCUUUGGAUCUCUCCGAGAAUGAGCUUGAUGACGAAAUGGUGGCCACUCUUCUCCAAAAUCUGACGUCCCUAGAGUACCUCAAUCUUUCCGGAAACUUCAUGCAGAGACUGGAUGAGACCUCGUUCAGAGAUCUUUACCAACUCAAAGAACUCAACCUACAGAGAAAUAUGAUGUACGAGCUCGAUGGUGCCUUUGACAGCAAUCCCAAGCUCCAGCGGCUCAACUUGGCCUUCAACUAUCUGCAUUGCCUGACAGAUUUCCACAUGACCGAGCUGGUGGUCCUCAACGCUAGCCACAACUUCAUCGAGUGGUUCAUCUCCAGACAAGACCUUAAUGACACCUUCCAGCUAGAGACACUCGAUCUAUCAGAUAACAAACUGCUCUUCUUUCCUUUCUUGCCCAACCACAGCCACUUGCGGAAUCUUUACCUAUCCCACAACAGCAUUAGCUUUUACCAACACUUGGCAGACAACAACAGCACAUUCCCAAACUCAACUUCAACUGUUGAGUUCUACAAUAUGCAGAAGAACACAGGCAAUGUGACGGCUCAGCUGUGGGACGAGAGCCUACACGGUGACAUCUCCUCUCUAGAGAUUUUGGAUCUAAGAGGAAAUCAGGUGGAAUACUUUCCUCAAGGUUUCAUCCAGAAAAUGCCUGUCCUGUCUCGACUACAAAUGUACACGAACUGUCUGGAAACCUUAAAUCUAACGUCGGAACAGUUCUCUGGCAGCCUGUACGAGUUGGACAUUAGCAAUAACAGGCUGAACCAGAUCGUAGCAGAUGGAGGUACGCUGACCACUCUUAGCAAUCUGACGUACUUUAACCUUAGCCUGAACAAUCUUGGGCGGUUACCGUCAGGAUUAUUUUCCUCAUUGCCAAACCUCAGGUCAGUGGAUCUCAGUUAUAACAAUGUUGACAUUUGCCUUCCUGAGGAACCUAAGACCAGUACAGACACUAGCUCAGCUUGCGCAUAUUGGAACAAUGUUGUAUCCCUGAAACAGCUUUACCUCAAGGGAUGCAACCUCAAAAUAAUUCCAUCGUCUACAUUCUCUGGGUUGUCUCUAACGCACUUGGAACUGUCCGACAACCCCGGACUCAUUGUCCAAGAAUCAAUACAAAGUCUCGGCAGAACGUUACAGCAUCUAGGUUUAGGAAAUACUCAGAUACAAGACUUUGACUUCUCCCAUUUCCAAGCUCUGAAGUCUUUAAACAUUUCAAGGAACUCCCUUGCCCAUCUUCCUUCUUCACUUCUAAAUCUUGACCUGAAAGUGCUGGAUUUGCGGGACAACAGACUGUCCACUAUUUCCUCAGGUCAGGCUAACGCAUUAGCCCCGAAACUGCACACUGUUUUCCUCACAGGAAAUCCGUUUAACUGCUGCCAGACUGAAUGGUUCAGGACAUUUGAAACAACAAAGACGAUCAAUAUGGUCGGACAAUCGGACAUUGAAUGUGAGGAUCUCAUCCAAACAAGACACAGAGUGGAGCACUUCCAGCAAUUAUUGUGUUUGGUGAAAGGUGUUGAAUCUAUAAUCUGGUACAUUCUGCUUUUCGUACCCAUCUGUCUUUCUUUUGUGGGCAUUUCAAUUAUUGUUCUCCUCACCUUCAAGCCCAAAAUGCUACAAAAGUCAAUCAAAAAGAAGUGUUUGAAGCCCACAUCUUACUGAAACUUUCUAAACCCACAACCAAACCAUAUUUUGUAAAGUAUAUCAUUAAGAAAUGUAAUUGAAUGUAGGGCUGGGCGAUAUAGGUCAUUUCAUAUCUCUAUAACAAGAUAAAUCACGAUAUAGCAUGUUUUCUGGUAAUUUCAUGAAGAGUCUGUACAAAAUAACCACAUGGUAAAGCCUAUUUUUGUAUACUCCUGUGUGAAUUAAAUACUUGACAAAUGAGAAAACA